CUCUCUCUCUCUCUCUCUCUCUCUCUCUCUCUCUCUCUCUCAACACUUACUAUCUCUCAUGGCUAAUAAGGCCAGGUUCCUCUCUCCAGUGCUCCUCCUCUUACUCUUGGUUGAGAUGAACAUAUUUGAUGGACCAUUGGUACAAGGAGUUGAGGGGAUAGAUUGUGCGGCAAAGUGCGACUACCGAUGCAGCAAGGCGGGGUGGCACAAGGCGUGCAUCAGGGCGUGCAACACCUGCUGCGAGCGGUGCCACUGCGUCCCCCCGGGGACUUCGGGGAACAAGGAUGUCUGCCCUUGCUAUGCUAACAUGACCACCCAUGGCGGCCGCCCUAAGUGCCCUUGAGAAACUAAGAAUACAAGUCACCAAAACUAUGUUUGAUAAUAGAUGUUGCAGCAACUGUUCUAUGUAGAUCUUCUAAAGUGGUGUGUGUGUGUGUGUGUGUGUGUGACGGAGAGAGAAAAUAAUGAGCACAUGUAAUCCUAAAGGUAGUUUGUGUUAAACAAACACCAACUCUAGUCACUAGUCAGAAUGUGAAUAAUGUGCAGUUUCAUCCUGUAAUAUAAAGGUGAGCAUAAGAAAGAAAAUGAGGAGGACCUGUGUUAGUCUAAGUCUUACUUGGAAAUAUUCCAUUCAAAGAAAAAAAAAGGAGAGAAGAAAAUGAGAAAAAUCUUUGAAA